UUUUUGUAAUCAUCAUAAAAAUGAUCCACAACCUGAACCACUUGAUGACGAUGAUGAUGACGAUCCAAAUAAAGAUAUUUAUGAACCUAAACGUUCGGAUGAUAUUUGUGAAUGGGAUCAGAAUUUUAUCAAACAAUUUACUGUUCAAGAAGGUACACUCUUUGAUAUUAUUAUGGCAGCUAACUAUUUGGGUAUAAAAACAUUACUUGCUGUUGGCUGUAAAACAAUUGCCAAUAUGGUUCGUGGUAAAUCAUCGUCGGAAGUACGAGAAAUGUUUAAUAUUUCCUAUGACCCACCCGGUGAAGGUUUAAAUGCUCCAAAUGCUAUUGAAGGUCAAGUAGGGACAGUUCCAACAACACAAGACGCAAAUGCAACUAGUCCAUCACCUCAACCAGAUCUAAUGAACCAAUAA